GAUUUAAUUAAACUUCUCCUUCAAAAAUAGUUAUGGAUAAUACACCCUGUUCAUUGGUCUCCAUUUCUUUGAAUAAUAUCUAAAAGGCUCUAAUCAAUUGGUUGUUUCUCAUUAUUGCCAUCCAUAAACCAUUAGUAAUAUAACCGCUUUCCAUUUUGUUGGUAAAUUUCUCUUUCGACCUAACCGUUUCGCAGAAAUCAAGCUGAUUGUUCACAACAAUUCAACAGUUGCUGAAGCGUCCAUCGUGUCAAGCGUUGGCGUGGCAUAUUUGUGCGGGAUCCUGAUUAUGAACACUCUGUGCAUAUCAGGUCUAAUUCAACGUUCAAGUGCGGAAAGAUAAUAAUAAAUACCGGAUACUCUCCCUUAAUAGAAUGAGUAACAUUAGAAUGAACAAUCCUGGUUCAAGCAAGGAUCAAAACUGUCCACCCUCAGAAAAGCGGCAAAGAUUGAACAAUGGUAGGUCAGUUCUUCCAAGGGAGCCAAUGGGUCCUGUUAUUCGUAUACCGUUUCUUGGAAUGCCUGUUAACAGACAGCAAGUCCGCAUAGCAGGUUCCUAUAUAAUUGGGCCCGAAGUGCACAGGUUGCGGCCAGCCAAAAGUUUGCUGCAAUAUAUUGCGAGGAAGCAAAACACAAAUCAAUUUUUCCUCCUGAAGAUAGUGCAACAGUCGACCAGACCUAAUAGAGACCCCCAUGCCAUUUACGACGAGCAACGAGGAAGAGUAAUGCUGCGCACAGAGUACUCGCUACUUUCCUUACUGCAAGAUGAUCCUGGAGUAAUAAAGCAACAUGGGAUUUUCAGUGACGAUGUGUACGAGGACAUGAUAAUUGAUAGUAGACAAUGCAUGUACACAGGUGCUGUGGUGAAGCGACACAUUCUUGUUCUAGAAUGUCUUGAGAGACAUCCAUUCUGCGAUAAAUCUAUUUCAAACUGUACCCUUUUCGAAUACCUACAAGCAAGAUACGUUCUUUUCGAGAGCGAAGCGCUGUACAUAUUCCAUGCAAUCAUCCAAACAAUGGAGAAUGUUCACGAGAAAAAUAUUGUACAUCGGGACCUGAGAGCGGAAAAUAUUACCCUAAACAGGGUUUCAAAGACUGUUAAAAUUAUCAAUUUUUGGUUAGGUCGCUUUUCAUCCGAUAAGAACUUAGUCCUUUACGACGCAUGCGGCUCACCAAAUUUUAUCUCACCCGAGAUUGUAGCAGGUAAACCGUACAAAGGAAAACCGGCUGAUAUGUGGGCGUUGGGAAUAAUUUUAUAUAUGAUGCUCUAUGGGAGGUUCCCGUUCUUCAAACCUACAAAACGUGAACACUUUGGAAUGAUUGCAAAAGGCGAAUAUCAAAUACCAGAAGACAAGGCAAUUUGCUCGCACACAAUAGAGAUUAUCAAAGGCCUUCUGACUGUUGAUCCUGAGGCAAGAUUGACAGUUACGCAAGUACGAGUGAAGUUAGAAUCUAUACUGGCUAUGAAAAGAGUUAAAACUGUAGAUCAAUGUGUACCUGAAGAAGAGUCAACGCCUAAAUCUGCAGAAAAUUCGGAGGUAUGAUUUAUAAAUUUUGGUUUCGAUCAAUCAAACUUCAUAAAGCAUAAAAACUACCAACGUCA